GGUUCUAGUUACACAAUAAGAUAUUCACUUGUCAAUUGACAUUAGACCAAAGUUUGUUUUCAUAUUGCUAGGUCUAAUUUUGUGACUGAAGUUUUAAUUAUAUUUUAUAAAAUGUGGUCAUUUUGGUCAAGAAAUCCAACUAAGGAUUUCCCUUAUGAUCUAGGAGAUUUAAUUAAUUCACAUCUAGAGGAAUCAAUAUGGAUAAUCCAGAAAGGAAAGAAAAAGGGUUCUGGAGAAGCUGUUACAAUUUUCCGUUUUGAAUGUAAACCAGGGACGGAACACCUAUUGGAUAAAGCUAAAUCAGCAUUGAAACGAAUCAAAACACUAAGACAUCCGUCUUUUUUAACUUACGUUGACUCGCUCGAGACAGAUAAAAUUGUUUGUAUUGUUACUGAACCAGUUGAACCUCUCCCUUCAUAUCUUGAAUCAGCAGAAAACUUUACCAAUGAACAAAAGUCAAAUGCAAUCUCGUAUGGUUUACAUCAAGUUGCUAUUGGACUUGGAUUUUUAAUAAAUGAUUGCAAUUUCAAUCACAAUAACUUACAUUUAGGUUCAGUACUAGUCAAUUCAAGUGGAGUUUGGAAAAUUGGAGGUCUCGAAUAUGUCACUUCAAAUAACCAAGAAAAUCAAGUACCUUCUAUAACAAAACAUCACCAUUCUCUUGAUAAAUACAACCCGCCUGAACUAUCUGAUUCUUCAUCGAAAAGUUCAUCAAAUAAAUGGUCAGUCGAUAGUUAUGCAUUAGGCUGCUUAAUUUGGGAAAUUUUCAAUGGUUCAAUGUCUCAUCAAAACGAUUUGAAGUCACCUGGAAAGAUUCCAAGUAAUCUGGUCGCUGUCUAUAAAGAAUUAAUCGAUUCAAAUCCUAAACGCAGAAUUAGUCCAUUGGAUUUUGUGCAGAGAUGUCGUGCCAAAGGCUGUUAUAUGAAAAAUCCUUUCAUAGAUUCCAUGUUAUUUAUUGAGGAGAUUCAGAUCAAAGAUCAAACUGAACGAAACAGAUUUUUUACUCAUCUCAAUGAUGCAUUAAACUCAUUUCCUCCUGAUGUAUGUAAAAACAAAAUGCUGCCACAACUUAUUAUUGCCCUGGAAUUCAACAAUACUGGGUCUGCCUUUUUAGGACCACUUUUAAAAAUUGGAAAGCUUUUAAAUGAAGACGAAUAUCAAACCAAAAUUGUCCCUUGUGUUAUAAAAUUAUUUGCUGUGAAGGAUCGGGCAACUCGUGCUAAAUUACUGCAAGAGAUGGAAUCUUUUAUAAAUUAUUUGCAGCCCAAUGUAGUGAAUGAGCAAAUUUUCUUUCAUGUUUCACAAGGAUUCGUUGAUUCUAACCCAGUCAUUAGAGAACAAACUGUUAAAUGUAUGUUACACUUGGCUCCGAAACUCAGUUACUCAAAUCUUAAUGAAGAAGUUAUAAAACACUUUGCCAGACUUCAAACUCGAGAUGAGGAGGGUGGUAUUCGAACUAAUACAGCUGUUUGUCUUGGGAAAAUUGCAAAAUAUUUACAUCCUCAGACUCGACAAACUGUUCUCAUUCCUUCAUUCUUAAGAUCUAUGCGGGAUCCAUUUGUUCCAGCGCGAAUAGCCGGAAUACUCGCUCUUUCAGCAACUCAAACUUUUUAUUCCCUUUGCGAUACAGCAACUAGAGUAAUGCCUGCUCUGUGUCAUUUGACUAUGGACCCAGAUAAGUCAGUCCGUGAUCAAGCCUUCAAAGCUUUAAAAGGAUUUAUCAGCAAAAUAGAGAAGGUUUCUGAAGAUCCUUCCUUAGCAGAACAAAUGGAAGCUGAUCUCAACGCUUCUGGAAGCAACGUCUCUACAACACUGGCUGCAAACUGGGCAAGCUGGGCUGUUAGCUCAUUGACAUCUAAAUUUUAUCGUUCGAAACCAACAAGUAUUAACCCAAGUAACAAUAAUCAGAUUUCUAGUGAUAAAACAGUUAAUCAGCAAACGAGUAGAAGUCCUAAAUUGACUGAUUCUGAUAUUAAAAGUCCAUCCGAAGAUUCCAUAAAUGAAGAUGGUGAUGGUUGGGAUCCUAUUGACGAGCCACUUUCUUCAACAGUCCAUAAAACUGAGUUAGAAAAUAAAAAAUCAAUGGAUGGCUGGGAUAAUGAGGACAUUUGGAAUGAUGACGAAGUGAUUGAUAAAGAAAUUGCUUCUGCAAAUGUUCAGAGCCCUACAAAACUUGAAAAUAGCGAAGAUAAUUGGUUAGAUGCUCAGUUAAGACCAAAUAAUAAAGCGGAUUUGCGUAAGCCAAGUCUUAGUUCCAGAAAUAUUCAACCUCAAGAUGUUGUUAAAACAGAGCUAGAUGAUAACCAAGAUGUCGAGAAGGAAAGACCAAGAAGACCAAGAACUAACAUUGAAAGGAAAACAACAAAAACGAAAAAAGGUCCAAUGAAGUUAGGAGCACAGAAAAUCACUUAAUGUGUGCAACUUUGUGAGCAUAAUAAACCAAAUUUUCUACUAAUAAUAACCUAAAACUUAUUACUCAUUUUUUCGAUUGAAAAAAGUUACGAAUUUGUAAAUUUCUUUGAUAUUCGUCUUCAUUUAAAAGAUUCCCAAUCUUUUAAUGAAUAAAAUUUGAUGACAAGUUUUGA